UAAAAAGGCGAUUCAGAUUAAACGCGGAAUUAGUUUCAAUGCUUUGAAAAAAAAAUUGGAGAUAAGGUAAAGUUAGAAAAUAAUGAAAUUAUUUAUACUAUAAGUUGUAGAUUUUAGUUUCAGGAAAAUAUGUUGCCUUGCAAAUUUGUGAUGACGAAGAUGUUGAAACUAUAAUCGAAAGUUUUCAACAACAACAACAAAUGUCAGUUCUAGAAUUGUACGUAGAAAAGGAUGUUGCUGGUGGUUCUAUGUUUCAUUCUACAAACUCUGUUACAUCAUGUGGACAUAAUCUAUCUCUUAAUGAGUCGGAACUGCCAAGAAAUAUAAGCAAUUUACAUGAUGAUGAAGAUGAUGAUGAUGAUUAUCUUGCGUCUAACUCAUACGUUGAAGAGUCUUUGAAUGAAGAUGAUAGUGUUGAUGGAAUAUUUGAUACAGACGAUGAAGUCACCGACAUCAUUGAACCAGUUUCAAUUGUUCACCCAACAGAAGGUGCACAAGGAAUUCAAAAUCCAUUUUGGAAUGAUGCUUUGCAUUAUAACAAUAUCAAUUGGAGUCAUCCGGAAGAGGACAUUUGCGGUUUGGAGAUGCCAUCGACUUUUAAUGUUGGACAAGAAUUAUAUGUUGGCAUGGAUUUUGACAGUAAAGAUGUGGUAAAAAAUGCACUGAAACAAUAUGUGAUGAAGGUGCAUCAAAGUUUUAAGGUUGUUGAAACCAAAUCGCACAAAUAUAUCCUCUUGCAACACUGCAACCCUAGCCCCUGCAACACUGCAACGCUGCUCCAAGCUGGCCUGAAGGUGUCUUGCCAAUGGGAGAGGCGAGACCUUCUUCACGGGGCGUGUCUCGCCAAUGGCAGCAGCGACAUACCCUCCACGUCAGCUGUCUCACCAUUGGUGAUGGCGGCACCCAUGCAUGCAGGCCACGUUAUCAUGUUUCUCGCCAUAGGUGAUGGCGAUACCUUCAUCUCGCCAUUGCUUCCGGCGACACCCCUACAAAAACAGACCCCCUCCGUUAAUACUUUCAGAAGGGACCCUGUUUGGUAA